AUGAAAAAGUCUGAAAAACUGUUCCCUAACUCGGUCUUGUUCAAGGAGUGGGGGGCAAAUCUCUCUGAAGAUGACCAAAGAGAGGCUCAGAGCCUGUAUGUGAAGUAUGGGUACAAUGUUUAUCUGAGCGAUCGCCUCCCUCUGGAUCGACCUCUUCCAGAUACCAGAGAUCCUCGGUGUCUGAAAAAGAGUUACCCCAAGGACCUGCCGAGUCUCAGUGUGGUGCUCAUGUACCUGGAUGAAGCCCUGUCUGUUCUCCAAAGAGCCCUGCGCAGCAUCAUCGACCGCACUCCUAAAAACCUGCUGAAGGAGAUAAUAAUAGUGGACGACAAUAGUUCUAAUGACAAUCUGAAGGGUGACCUUGACGUUUAUGUGAAGUUGCUUGAGCAGGAGAACCCGAAUCUCCGUAUUGUGAGAGUGAGGCACAGUGAGCAGAGAGGUCUCGCUCAUGCCAGAGUAUCCGGGUGGAGGGCUGCUACUGCUGACGUGGUGGCCAUCCUGGACGCACACAUUGAAGUCCAUGAGAUGUGGGCUGAACCUCUGCUGACACAGAUUAAAGCUGACCGAACUGUGGUGGUUUCCCCGGUGUUUGAUAGAGUCAACUUUGAUGAUCUCAAGGUUACUACAUAUCAUCCCAGUGCACACGCCUUCGACUGGGCUCUGUGGUGCAUGUAUGAGAGUUUUACACCUGAGUAUUACAAACUUAAUGAUGGUUCACUGCCUGGCAAGAGUCCAUCUGUCAUGGGGAUCAUGGUUGCUGAUAGAAAGUUUCUGGGGGAAAUUGGAGUCGUUGAUGAAGGAAUGAAAGUGUAUGGUGGAGAAAAUGUUGAGCUGGGAAUUCGUGUAUGGACAUGUGGAGGCAGUGUUGAAGUUGUUCCAUGUUCCAAGAUCGCCCACAUCGAGAGGGCCCACAAGCCCUACAUGCCUGACCUGGGUCCUGCCAUGAAGAGAAAUGCCCUCAGAGUUGCAGAGAUCUGGAUGGAUGAAUACAAGCACAACGUUAACUUGGCUUGGAACAUCCCAUUUGAGAAUCAUGGAAUUGACAUAGGCGACAUUUCAGAGAGGAAGAAACUCAGAGAAAGGCUGAACUAUAAACCUUUCAAAUGGUACCUGGAUAAUGUGUAUCCUAAGCUGGAUCCCUGGGACGACCUCCUCGCAUACGGAGGAAUGAAGAACCUUGAUGCUGACAUGUGCCUAGACCAAGGUCCAGUACCAGGUCACACACCGAUAGCCUACAAUUGCUACUACUAUGGACCUCAAUUCACAUAUUAUCGUGGAACGGGUGAGCUCUACAUUGGUGGCAUGAAGUCACAUAAGUACAAUGACAACCGAUGUUUAGCUGACACGGGCACAAAAGAAACUGAGCCUGGCCUGUACAACUGUAAAGAGGCUAUGCAGAAAGGAAUGGGGAUAUACUGGGACUUCACUCAGGGCGAAGAACUGAAGAACAGACAGACAAAGAGAUACCUGGAAAUUAUAAACCAGAAACUUCUAUUACAGGAAUGUACAGGUCAAAGAUAG